CGGUCAUGCAGCCAGGCGCGAUCAUUCCGAGACCUCUGUUUCAGCGGUUUCGGCAGAUUCAUUGUGUGUGUUGUUGCAGAUGUUGUUUAUUUUAUCCACGCAUACAGUAGCGAUGGGCGCGGUGCAGCCAGUGGUGUGCAGACGAUAACUCGCUACUCGAAGUUUUCAACAAUCUUGGGAUGAUUGUGUUUUAGUCUUUCUUGUGUUUUAAUGGAUGAUCGGUUUCCACAGUGCUAACACAAAAGAAAAUCACCCAGCUGCGUGGCUGAUGAUUUCAAUGACAGUAUCUUAAUAACCAGCCAUAAUUUGAAAGGAUCGGUGGUUUGCGUUGUUUACGGCCCACUGUGGACUGCCUUGAUAGCCGAACCUGAUAACAGAUCUCGCUGUAUUGAGAUGUGAAGAGAGCGAGCGCUGUCGUCUGCUCGACCAACAUGGCGGACGGGGAGCGUAAAACGGUGUAAUUAUUUCCCUCCUUACAAUGAAGUCGACAAAGAAAUGAAAGUUUAUAAAUGUCUCAGCCGGCUUAGAAGUGUUGAGAAUGGCUUCGAGUGUGUGGGACUCGCUCACAUGCGCUAAUUUAUUUGUAGCUUUCGCUGCAGUCACAGGAUUUGCCGAGAAGAAGAUGGGACGAUUGAGUAUGGAAUAUGUGUUCGUGGUUGAGGUGUUCUGGUCUGAUGGUAGGACUUCUCAUAUCAAGAGAACUUACAAAGACUUCCUCAGGUUCUAUAAACUCCUUGUGUCACAGUUUCGAUCAAAGGACGCACCUGACGACGACGUUCUACCACUUCCUCGACUAGAAGGUAAACGCUGGUACAGACGGUAUACGCGGGGCCUGGCGGAGGCCCGGGAAUUGGAGCUACAUAACUUUGUGAAGGAAUUGCUCAAAGCCAGUCCAGAGAUGGCGUCCGAAACUGUAGUCAUCGACUUUUUCGAGCAGAGACCAACCGACCCUGUUCCCUGUCCAAAAGAAGACAAGCCGUUCGAGGUCCCUAACGGUAGAGAUCACAGUCAGACAGAUCUCAGAGCAAGCUGAUCCAGUCUCCACGCAGACCGUGGCGCGCACAAACCACACACGCCAUCAUAUCUCCGCUUGCUACGGAUAAUUUUAUUCUGAUCAGAACGUUGUUGCCAAUGAUGGGACAUUGAUUUGAACACACGAUCAAACGGGAUGACACAGGGGAAUCCUUUACUAGACAUCUGCUUCUGUGAAUGAUGUCAGUUGUUUCCAAUGAAAAGACAUUGAUUUGAACACACGAUCAAACGGGAUGACACAAUAGGCAUCCUUUACUAGACAUCUGCUUCUUCUGUGAUUCCGACAAUGGGGCAUUGUUCUGAACGUGCGAUCAAACUGGUUGACAACGAGCUACCAUAUUUGCUACCAAUGUGAAUGUGUCAGUUUUUUUCCAAUAGUAGGAAGAUUUCAACACAACGUCAAACUGUUUGACACAACAAGCAUGCUGGACGUCAGCGUCUGGGAAUGCCAGUUUCCAUUGAUUGAACAUUGCUCUUGCCACACGAUCAACUGUUUGGCACUAUAAUAAAACCGAUGCCACCUAUGUA